UUAACACGGGUGAUUGACAGGGAGGGUGUUUAUGAGAUCAGCCUGUCACCCACUGGUGUAUCUACGGUGCGUUUGUAUCCUGGCUUUGUUGAUGGGAAAGAAGCUGACUGCAUGCUGGAACAGCUCUGUCGAGAGGUGCCCUGGAAGCAGAGGACUGGCUUCAGAGAUACCUGUUGGUUGCAGUGGCAUCCCGUGCUGAGCACCCUGAAGAAGCGCAUCGAAGUGAACACGGGGUACACCUUUAACUCCCUGCUCUGCAAUCUGUACCGGAACGAGAAGGACAGCGUGGACUGGCACAGCGAUGAUGAGCCCUCGCUGGGACAGUGUCCUAUCAUCGCCUCCCUCAGCUUUGGUGCCACACGUACUUUUGAGAUGAGGAAGAAGCCCUCCCCAGAAGAGAAUGGAGACUACACCUACGUAGAGAGAGUGAAGAUAUUUCUGGACCACGGAACCUUGUUAAUCAUGGAGCGAGCUACCCAAGCUGACUGGCAGCAUCGAGUGCCCAAGGAGUACCACUCGAGGGAGCCGAGAGUGAACCUGACCUUUCGGACAGUUUAUCCGGAUCCAAGAGGGGCCACCCGCUGAUGGGACGUCUGUCACAGCAAUGCCACAAGGAACCAGGG